AUGGUAGAAAAAACUCCAGACAAGGAUGCUAAAAUUAAUUCUGUAUAUUAGAAAUUCAAAGACUGUUUUAAUAAAGUUAUAAUGACUUUAUAUCAUUAUGAGACAUCUGAAGAAAUUCCCAACAAAAAUUUGAAUUAAAGUUAUGUAAUUAUAUGUCUUAGAUCAUUUAAAAAAAACUACCAUCGAUCAAAAUAAAUACUGCUUAAUUAACUUUGAUGUUGGUACUAUCUUUCACAAAACAUUCUUUAUAGAAAGGCAAAAACAACUUUGUUAGGCAACAAAUUCUAUUUAAAAACUGGAGAUUUGAUAAACUUAGUUUUUUUUUGUAAUUAAAGAAUUAGCAAGAAAUAUUCGAAUAAUGGGAGCCAUAAUUCAUUUAAAUAUAAAAAUUAUGA